UGCUCUCCAGCACAGCUCCCCUCCUCUUUCCAAGGGUGUAGGAUACUGAAAACGCCCUCGGAGCAGCCAUGUCCCGCUCUGUCAGCUUCAGCUCUCGCUCUGCGGCCGUCCCAGGGAUCAGCCAAGUGCGUGUCAGCACCGUCUCCUCGACCCGUGGACUAGGAGGGGGCUUAGGCAGGGCAGGGGGCUUUGGCAGCUCCAGCCUCUACAGCCUGGGCUCUGCCAACAAGCGGAUCUCCGUUGGAGGCGGCAGCUCCUACAGCGUUCGCUCUGGAUACGGCUACGGGGGCAUGGGGCUCGGUGGGGCGCUGGGCCCCGCGGGCAUCCAGGAGGUCACCAUCAACCAGAGCCUCCUGACACCCCUGAACCUGGAGAUCGACCCCAACAUCCAGCGGGUGCGCAAGGAGGAGAAGGAGCAGAUCAAGACGCUCAACAACAGAUUCGCCUCCUUCAUCGACAAGGUCCGGUUCCUGGAGCAGCAAAACAAAAUGCUGGAGACCAAAUGGAGCCUUCUCCAGGACCAGAAAACCGCCCGGAGUAACAUCGCCCCCAUGUUUGAGGCGUACAUCAACAACCUGCGGCGUCAGCUGGAUGGGCUGUUGAAUGACAAAGGGCGUUUGGAGGGCGAGCUGAAGAACAUGCAGGAUCUUGUUGAGGAUUUCAAGACCAAAUACGAAGACGAGAUCAACAAGCGCACGACAGCGGAAAAUGAGUUUGUGGUGCUCAAGAAGGAUGUGGAUGCCGCCUACAUGAACAAAGUGGAGCUGGAGGCCAAGGUGGAUGCGCUGACAGAUGAGAUUAACUUCCUGAGGUCGCUCUAUGAAGCGGAACUUAAUGAGCUGCAGGCCCAGAUCUCCGACACCUCCGUGGUGCUGUCCAUGGACAACAACCGCAACCUGGACUUGGACAGCAUCAUCGCAGAGUAUGAGGCACUGCAGGUCGCGGCUGGCAAACACGGGGACGACCUGCGCAACACCAAGAAUGAGAUCACAGAGAUCAACCGCAUGAUCCAGAGGCUGCAGAGUGAAAUCGAGAAUGCAAAAGCCCAGCGUGCCAAGCUGGAGGCGAGCAUUGCAGAAGCCGAGGAGCGCGGGGAGUUGGCCGUCAAAGACGCCAAGGCAAAGCUGGAGGAGCUGGAGGCGGCGAUGCAGAAGGCGAAACAGGACAUGGCCCGGCAGCUCCGCGAGUACCAGGAGCUGAUGAACGUCAAACUGGCGCUGGACAUCGAGAUCGCGACCUACAGGAAGCUGCUGGAGGGAGAGGAGUGCAGGUUGGCUGGUGAUGGAGUUGGCAACGUCAACAUCU